UCGGUUGAUUUCAGCCGAGGAGAAGGGCCUUUACGACCUGGGUCAUAAAUGCCCAUCACCUUACACAAUCGGUUCUCCUCUACCCCUUGUUAUACACUAAUAGAGGUUGGGAGCACGACUUGCUCUCAGAGCAGAGGUUGCCCAUCCCUGCUAUAGAGGAUCGUUGUCCAGGGACUGCAACGAUAUUAUGACCAUAAAAGGAAAAUUUUAUUAGUUAAAGCAGUUUACCACAUAAAAGGACCCAAUCCUUUAAAUUUCAACACAUGUUUAGCAGUAAACCAUUCUCGAAAGUGCAAAAGAGUCGACUAUAAACUGACUCAUUUUCUGAGACUGCUUUCCCUAGUAUGCCAUAAGUUGUUGUCUAACAAUGGAGGAUCUGUGAACAAAUAUUCUAACACGUAAUUUAGUUAAUUCAGAAAUGUAAAUAGAUGAAGUAACUACGUUUUUUUCAAUAGCUUUCUGAAACCUAUUUUGAAAAAAGUUACCUCACUCAACCUCAUUUUUCCUUUAUAAAGAUCUUCAGGUAUCGAACAAUAAACAUUUUGUUAAAUACACCAAGAAUUUUCCCCGGUUUUCGGCUCGAUAUGACAUGCAUCUAAGAUUCAUGGAAAUACAAAUCAGUACCGCUUGUCAAAGUUAUUGACCACGCUUGGACAAUUUCACAAGUAUAUUGACAGAACUUCCAACACUAUUGUGCUCAUCGAGUCAGUGGAGUCAUUACAAUCCGUACAUUAUUAGCCGGUUACGUAACCGAGGUUUUUCAAAGAUUUCUCUUCGUUCCUAGUUUAAGCGGAUGCGGUUUCAUCCAGAGAUACGUUGGAUUUCAAUUCCUCAGAAGAUACUCCGACCCAUGGUUACCCCAACAGAGGACGGAAUGACAAAGAAAUGUGACAACUCGAAAAGAUAUAUUGCUCUCGGCUGGCGUGGGGAACUCAAUCACGUAGUUGACUUUUUCUUCAAAGUCGAAGAGGACGAUAUCAAGUUUCGUCGCAACCACGGACCUAACAGUUGCAAACGACAAAUUCCAGUAAAACUUACAUCUCUCAUUCACGACAACAGACUCAAUAUCUCCUGGAGCAUAAUGCAGAAUCGGCGUCUGCUCUAUCGCAUAAGAGUCCGGCAAACGACGUCCUUUGAGUACGUUGGGCCCUCUUGGUACUUCUCAUGACGCGUAGGAGAACCAUGAUGAACAAUUAAGGAGUAGUGUUUGUGAUGGAUGAUAAUUUCACUUCCACCCAGGUGAGGAAAUCCAAACUUGAACGAUGGGCCCAGGAUACCAAGCUUUGGAAUUCCUAGCUUGAGCCAACCUUGAUUCUAUGUAAUUACCAUGAUCCAACCAAGCUUGGUGAUAUAAUGCAAAUACCAGCUUAUAUAUCAAGGUAGCUUCCAGCAUGGUCCAAGUUUGGUAUUCCGAGCUUGAACCACGCGGCUUCAACCAAGCUUGAUCCAAUAUAUGAUAUCUAGGUAAUUCGAAGUCUUGGAAAUGCUAUGUUUAAACAAACUUGGUAAUAAUCGACAAAUCGAAGCUUGAAUACCUAGAAAAUUCCGAUCAUGUUCCGAGCUUGGAUGAAGCCUGGCAUAGAUAAAUAAAAUAA